UGACACACACACCCACACACACACACCUACACACACACACACACAUACUGAGACACACAGAGAAGUUGAAAACCUCCUCGAUCUGCAGGAAACAGUGAGUGGCCGAAGCCCGGAGAAGACGCCGGAUUCUGGGAUCGUCCCCACACAUGAUGCAUGUGGAGCUCAUGGAGUAAAUAGGACACCCCAGUGAAGCAGGACAGGAGUGCAUCUGUGGUCCAGAUGAAGUGCCUGCUGAUAGCCAGUGAAAGCGCCGAGGUCCUCUUCCACUGGACUGACCCCGAGUUUCAGCAGAACAUCCAGCAGCAGUAUGGGGAGUCUCAAGAGGAGGGCCAGGGGCUUCCUGCCUUUGAGGACAGCAUCAGCACUCUGUUCGCUCCCAUCAUCAUCUCCUGCAGCACCAUGGUGGACAGGCUCGGUGACAACUAUACCUCCUUCACCACAGAAAACAACCACAUCUACAUCCUACACCAGUUCGACGAGUGUCUCUACAUUGCUGUGAAUGGAGACGGCGAGGAGGGAGAGGACAUUCUGAGGAGGAAGAUCUAUGUGAUGAAGAAAAUGGUGGAGGUCAUGUUUGGCAUGGUCACCCUCAGCAGCCAGCUCCUCAGAAGAGAACUGCGUCCUCAGGACACGGAGCAGAGAGCCAGGCUGUGGAAGCAUCUGCAGAGUCUGCUGGAGACCUACAGCCACCUCCGAGAGAACGACCAGAGCUUCUUAGUGGAGGCAGUGGAGAGGCUGAUCCACCCCACGCUGUGCGAGCAGUGCAUCGAGUUCCUGGAGCGCCGUUUAGUUCAGCAGCUCAACAGCAGCUCAGAGAGAGCGGGAGAGGAGGUGCUGCACGCCUUCAUCUUAGUUCACACCAAACUGCUGGCCUUCUACUCAAGCCGCAAUGCGAGCACACUGGCCACCUCCGACCUCCUGGCCAUCAUCAUCAUGGCACAGAAUAUGUAUCCUAGCAACGAAGACCUUGAUGACCCGAGUCCUGAGGAUGUGGAGAGUACGUCGGGUUCUGGUCAUGAGAGUUUUUACACCCCCGAGCCGUCGCCUACAGACAGAGACUCCAGCAGCUCAGACAAGGCAGAGAGAGAAAGUCUCCCUAUGUUUGAGUUCAUGGACCCAGACGUCCAGAUGGCAGAGGACAGCUUGCAGGCUCUGGAGGUUCCUCCCCCGGACCCUUCAACCCCUCGCAGGGUCUUUUUAGAGAUCUCAGGCAAAGAUGGUCUUUAUCCCAUGAUGCCUCACUCCAUGUACUGUCUACCCCUGUCGCCCGGCAUCACGCUAGUGCUGCUAACGAAGAUUCCCACCAAUGCAGUUGCCAUGUCAGUGUAUAAGUUUCUGGAGGCUUUCGCCAAACUGGAGAAGUGUUUACAUGAAGGACAAGAAGGUUCAGCUGCGACUCGAGGACAACUGGCGAUAAACGACAUCCGCAGCAAACUGGAUAAGUUCAUUAAAGCCCUGGGGCCCAGUGAGUUACAGUCUGCUCAGUUACUAAAUGUCUGGACGGAGUUCAAGAAUCGAGCCUAUGCCAGAGGAGGACCUGGGUUCAACAAAGAUCUCAUCCCGUGGUGUAAGAACAUGAAGACGCAGCUCUGUGGUAUAUACCGACAGUGUUUCCUCAUCGACCCAGGACCAGGCGACAUUCCUCAACGUCUCUCCCAGAGUCUGCAGGAGCGAGCACAGACCAUGGCACAAGAGAAGCUCAUGGACUGGAAGGACUUUCUGUUGGUGAAAAGCAAGAGGAAUAUCACCAUGGUUUCUUACCUGGAGGAUUUCCCAGGCCUCAUCCAUUUCAUCUGCGUGGACCGAUCCACCGGGCAAAUGAUCGCACCGUCACUCAGCAUCACAGAACGCACCACUUCUGAGCUGGGGAAGGGGCCGGUGGCUCAGUUCAUUAAAAACAAGGUUUGGAACCUGGUCAGCACGACGCGGCGCUUUCUCCGGAAGGGCUACUCCACUGUCACGUUGCGUGAUGGAGACUUCUACUUCUGCUACUUCCUCUGGUUUGAAAAUGAAACGGGCUACAAGUUAGAGGCCGGGGACACACCCAUCCUACCCGAUGACUCCGCCCCAAUUGGGAUGCUGGCCUGGGACUACUACAGCAGGAAGCUGCUGCGCUACUACAGCAAGAAUCACCAGGGUGAGGUGGUGAGGUGCUACGAGCUGCUGACCGUCCACCUGGGGGUCAUCCCCACCGAGAUCAUCCUCCAGCACUGCCGACAGCUGGCGAGCAAACUGUGGGAGCCGUCACGCAACCCCUUGCUGUAGACACACCCACGCACACUUGAAUCCCAGUAGCUGAGGUAGACAUCACUGCGUUACUACUGCCAAGGACCAAAAAUACUUCUCUCACACUCUAUAUAUACUGCGUCCUAUAUCUGUGUAAGGUUAUAAGGACGUAAUAUAGAGUUAGAAUAAUUUAUUUCGUGCACUUAAGUUUAUUAUCAGCAAACACAGAAGUAUAUCGAAAAUAUCACUCCUUUAAUUUUUGUAGAUUGACGUGCUUUACUACUGUAGAUGUGUUUUUUCUAACUGUUAUAAAUUUGCAUUUAAAGGAUUUCUAUAAAUGUCAAAACUCUCCAGUCUUCACUACUUCUGGUUUCAUAAUUUGUAUGAAUGAAUGAAAUGUCAGUUGUUUCUUUUUCAUUUUUUAUUGCGUCAUUGUAAACAUGUAUAUAGCACAGUGUGGAACAUGGAUCAUCGUAUACAUUUAAAAAAAAAAAAAAAAAAA